AUGACGACGAACCACAUGUGGACCUUCGCCGAGUGCGCUCGCAUGCGCCAGAUCAUCGCGACCGACUACCCCUUCCCCAAAUACCUCGACUUCGACGAGGUCGCGCGCAAACUCAAUCAGGAGUUCCCCUCCAACGUUCCUUUUGCCGAGGCAAUGUGCUACACGAUGAACUGGGCUAUCGAACAUGGCCACUCGCAGUUCUCGCAGAGGCUUGGAUUCGACGAUGGAGGGGAGAAGUACCUCAAGUUCAUCACGGAGGAGAAGAGGAAGUCGAAUGAGCGCUACGCCGAGAAGCGCGCGAGGGAUACGGAAACACCGCGCCGCCGCAAAUGGAGCGAAGAAGAGAUUGACUAUGUCGUCGAACUCGGGUUUGCGCGCAAGGAGAGGAAGUUGACCUGGGCUGGGGUUGCCUCGCUUGUGAAGGAGAAGUAUGGUUUUGAAUGCACGCUUAGCAUGGCGAACAACAUCUUCUACACCUACUCAAACGUCUCGCCUUACAAGGAGAAGUACGGCAAGAAGGCGGCAUUCAAGUACAAAAACAAGUGGAAGAACGAGGAGGGGCAGAAGGGCCACCCGAAGAAGCGUAUGAGGAGGGAGGAACCCGCCGAGACGCCUGUCGAGCCUUCUGGCGAGGGAGAGACGACUGCCGCUGCUGCCGCCGUCGAGCAGAGCGACGAGGAGGUCGACCAGCUUGCAUCGGACGAGGAGGAGGACUACCCGCAGCUUGCCGAGCAGGAGCAGGGACUUGAGCAGGACGAGGAGGAGGAGAUUGACGAGCUUGACGAGGAGUGA